AUGGGUCUCUUUCAACAAUUGAAAUCCUUGCUGCUGGUCCAGCUGGUCCUGGGAUAUAUCUUCGUCACGUCGGGGCUGAUUGUGACAUUCCUCAUGUUGUGUUCCUGCAUCAUCUGGCCUUUUAACAGACACCUGUACCGCAAAGUAUGUGUACACCUGGCAUAUUCUCAUUGGUCACAAAUGACAUUCCUGGCUCAGUGGUGGUCCGGCAUGGAUAUUUCCAUGUACAUGAAGGAUGAAGACUUGAAGUACAUAGGACAGGAGCACAUCCUUUGCAUCAUGAACCACAAGUAUGACAUUGACUGGCUGGUGGCCUGGUCACUGUCUGAGAGGUUCCAGAUGUUGGGGAAUACAAAGAUUUAUGGGAAGCAAAUCCUGAAAUAUGUGCCGCUGAUUGGCUGGGCCUGGUACUUCACGGAGAGCAUCUUCCUCAAGCGUGAAUGGGAGCACGAUGAGAAAAUCAUACAGAAGGAUCUGCAGCAGGCUACAGAUUACCCCGAUGGCUAUUACGUCACUCUGCUGCUGUUUCCGGAGGGGACUCGAUUCACAGAAGAUAAACACAAAGCCAGCCUGGAAAUCUGUAAAGCCAAGGGGUAUCCUCUGCUGAAGCAUGUGUUGUUACCGCGACCAAAGGGUUUUGUGACAUCUAUGCGUGGCUUGAAGGGGCGCUUUCCAACAAUCUUAAAUAGCACAGUGGGAUUCUCUUCUGACGGGCCAGAGCCAACUUUAAUGAAUGUCAUCAGUGGAAGGUCACUGAGAGCUCACUUUCAUGCAGAGCGGAUACCAAUAGAUAGUGUUCCCAUGGAAACAGACGAGGAAUGUGCUGAUUGGUUAAGGCAGCUGUUCAAGAGGAAGGAUGACCUCUUUGAUGAAUUCCUCCAGACCGGCAGAUUUCCUGGUCGCGUUCAGAGGGUGCCACGGCGAAUCAAUGAUCUGAUCAUGUGGCUGUUCUGGGCUAUAUUGACGUGUGUCCCACUGUUCGUGUACCUUGGCAGGAUAUUCCUGUCAGGCACACUGUUUCAGCAGAGCCUUGUAGUUGGAGCAGUAGUUAUAUUGUCUGUUGUUGUGAGACUGAUGAUUGGUGUGACUGAAAUCCACAAGGGUUCAUCUUACGGCAAAGUUUCUGACAAAGAAGACAAGAAAACCCAGUGA